GCACCACAAACCCCUUCGCUGGCACUCCAAGGCCAGGCUCGGCACCCGACACCGCCCAGGGCGCACGGGAGACUGAAGUUCCCUCGCGGUCCCGGAAUUCCCAGAAGAAGCGCCCUCGGGACCUCCCAGCGGAAGCUGGGGCGGGACGGGACGGGGCGCGGCUGGGGGGAUUUUGGUUUUUGCCUCCGCCGAGAUCGUGUGGGGCACCCAUGCGGCGGCUGGUUUGUCUCCUGUACCUUCCGCUCCUCCUGGCACAUGAGGACAGUGAGGAAGUAGUUGGCAUCAUGGGAGAAAAUUUUACUUUUCCAGUACAAAUAGACCGAAAAAUAGUGGAAAUUGUCUGGAAGAAAAACAAGGAUAAAGUGGCUGAAUGGGAAGAGCAUAACAAACCGACAUAUUUUGGUCAUCUCAUCGACAGGAGUGUACUUAUGGAGAAUGGAUCCUUGACUAUAGUUAACUUGAAGAAGGAUGAUGCUGGCACAUAUGAGUUAGUGUACCGGGUAAAUGUGGAAGAUCACCAGUUAAACUUCAAACUCAAUGUGUUAGAUUCCCUUCCAGAACCUAAAAUAAGUUGCAACACCAGUGAUGGUAAACUUGUAUUAAACUGUACAGCAAAUUUCCCGUGGCUUCUGAAUUACACUUGGAAGCUCAGUAACAAUCCACAGAGUUAUCCAAACCAGGAGCUUUCCAUCCCUUUGCAGAAUGUUGAUAUUACCACCAAUGCUACAUGUAUCAUUAAAUAUUCACAAACAGAAAGGAGCUCUGAAAUCUCUUUGAUGCAAUGCCUUCCAGAAGAAAAAGGAGACCGUUCUCACAAACGACACAGAAGUAUUCUCAUUUCCCUCUUUAUUGCAUUUGUUAUCCUAGUGGUAAUCCUAGAAUUCCUGCGCAGGAAAGGUAUAAUUACAUGUGGAAUAAAAAGAAGGACUGCUCAGAAUAACAGUCCAGUGAAUGGCUCAGGAGAACAUGAGCAACUUUUCCCUGGGAACAGCCAACAACAAUCUAAUUCAGAGGGAGCUGCGUUUUCACACACUGUUCAUUGUGAGAAUGAAAACCCUGAAGCAGACAGACCAUUGAAUGAGAAUGACAGGACCCUGAAAGACAAGCAGAUAGUUAAGAAUGGUGUAAAUCAGGAAGAAGUGACCCAGGAGGCAGAAGGUGAAAAUGGGGGGCACCCGGUCAACUCUUCCAGCUGCACUGAAGAAGAGAUGUCUCAACUCCAAAGCAGCAGCAGAAGUCAGAGGUGAAUUAGCAGCCAAGAGCAGCCAAGAUCCCAGCUCAUCAACUGUCAUACUGGUGGGACAAAGGGUGCUGAAAGCCAAGCCUCUUUCCAAUGCUCCAAGAGUGAAGCACAAGCCCUACAGACAUUAUAUGAAAAUAUGAACUAUGUCAUAUCUGUAGAAACUUGUUUUAUUGGAGAGAUGAGUACUAACAACCUUCUGUGCAUAAUCUCUGAAGGAAACAGACUGGCUUUGUAAGGGAGAGACAGAUGAGAACAAACUAUACUUGCAUAAAGGAACAACUGGAAAUAUGUUGUGUAAGAGGAGGGUCUGGCAGAAACUGAGCACUUUCUAAAGCCUGAGAACUCCUACCAGUGGCAACUUCUGUCAUUUCUGAUGGUGAACAUCCCAUGGGCUGCCAGGGCAGGGAAUGUCUCCAGACCCGCCUGAGGGCUUUCCCAGUCCAGCUGCUGCAGCAGCCUCCUCUCCCAAGCUUCUGAAGCACCAUCUGGAUGCAACAAGACGAUCAUCAAACUCCUGUUUGCCACAUCUUCAGCCCUUCCCCCACCCUAUGAAGCAUGUCUUUGAGUGAGUUCAUCAUCCUGCCUUCUCAGCAGGUGAAAAUAUCCUCCUUUUUAGCAUCCCAGGGAAGAUAUGGCAAUUGCUGAGGUGUAAUAGCAGACUUUGAACAUCCUCAAGGCUUUUGAACCUGCAUUGUCCUCUUGACACCCAUGACUUGAAUAUAGUCUGGAACUGAUUAACUUGA